AUGGAUGCUAUCACUGAUCCAACCUUUCAUACCACAAAACCUAAGUCGCAAUACGCAGAAGAGACACCAUCUUUGUUGACUUUGGUCAUAGAUACAGCACCCAAACUUUGGGCUGAGCUAGAUGAUGAGAAAAGCCAGAAUGCAAACAUUAUUAGCGUCUUCGAAUCGAUCAUUGUAUUCCUUAAUGCGCAUCUUGCGUUCAACAGCUCUAAUCAAGUUGCGGUGAUCGCUGCUCACUCACAAGGUAUCAAGUACCUCUAUCCCAAGAGUAACGUAGGCAACAACAAAGCAACUUCUUCCUCAACCUCUGGUAAGGAUCUCUCCAUUAUCAAUAAUGACAUGUACCGACAAUUCAGAAAUGUUGAUGAAACGUUAGUUGAAGAACUGUAUAAGCUAUUUCAAGAAGAAAAGAAUCAGAUAGACAAGGUAACUCAGAAGAGCACACUUGCAGGAGGUAUUUCUGCUGGUCUCACGUAUAUCAACAGAAUUUCAAGAGAACUUGCGACCAUUGCACUCAAAUCCAGGCUACUUGUGAUUACGUGUGGGAGUGGGGGAGGAAGAGAUGAGAUCUUUCAAUAUAUCCCAAUUAUGAACUGUAUCUUUUCUGCUACCAAACUUAAGUGUCCCAUCGAUGUCGUAAAGAUUGGAGGUCAUAGGGAAAGUACAUUUCUUCAGCAGACUACGGAUGCCACCAAUGGUGUUUACUUACAUCUAGAAUCUACUCAAGGUCUGAUACAAUAUCUUUCCACUGCCAUGUUCAUAGAUCCAUCUCUCAGACCCAUCAUUGUGAAGCCAAACCAAGGGUCUGUAGAUUUUAGAACCUCGUGCUAUUUGACUGGUAAAGUCGUUGCGAUUGGGUACAUCUGCUCAGUUUGUUUAUGUGUUCUAUCCAUUCUUCCGCCAGGAAAUAAAUGCCCUGCUUGUGAUUCCGAAUUUGAUGAGAUGGUCAUUGCCAAACUAAGAAAAAGUGGUAGAUGA